AUGCAACGGCCCAGCGAUAUGACUGUAGACUUGGCCUCGCUGGCAUUCGUAGACUCAACCCCCGAGUCGGAUUCGUUUCUCUCCUCUCCUCUCCUACCGCUCGUUCUGCCGCACUUGCAUAGCCCGCUCCGCUCCUUCCGCCCCACCCGCUCCCACCCCACCUCACUGCCCACCUAUCCCAGUCCAGCUGCUGCAGUUUUCGUAAUUUUCCCGCUGGCGCCCUUUGCAACCUCCCCCUUCUCGGCCCACCCACCCGGCGCGAUCACGGCGCGUCUCCGCGGAACCCCCGCGCAAUCGUGGUCUUCCGCUGCCGCUGGUGGCGGAACCACCGGCGCCUCCCCAGCCACAACGUUUAGUGCUGUUAGUGAUAAUAGCCCCCCUCCGAUAAACACUACCGGGUUCUCCGCCGGCUUCUACGGUCGGGCUGCGGCCUCGCGGGUCUCCCGUCGACAGCGCCUGCCGGCGGACCCGGCGGAGGCGGCGGCGGCGGCAGCGGCGGCGGCCGCGGGGGUAGUGAUGAUGCCGGCGCAGAAGGUGCAGCGGCUGUUCGACACGUGCAAGGCGGCGUUUGCUGGCGGGCAGGUGCCGACGCGACAGGCGCUGAUGAGAGUGCGCAGUGCGCUUGAAUGCAUAAACCCAGCCGACGUUGCACUCGACGUCGCCACGUCAUCCGACUCCUCCGCUCUCCACCGACCAAUCCCGCACCGCGCCUCCCCCUCUCCCGCACCGCCUCGCGCUGCUGGCGCCUAUGGCCCCUACGGCUCCACCGCCGCCGAACCGCGGUGCGCAUCCAGCGGCGAGAUAGGCAUAUUCUGCAUCCCUGCGUCGGCGUGCAUCCCGCUGCACAACCACCCGGGCAUGACGGUGCUGUCCAAGCUGCUCUAUGGCCGCAUGCACAUGCGCUCCUUCGACUGGGCCUUCCCCUCCGCACCUCCCGCCGCUGCUGCUGCCACACAACCGCGCCUGGCGGAGCUAGUGGAAGACCAGGUGAUAGCAGCGCCAUGCCCAGUGGAAAUGCUCUUCCCCACCAGCGGAGGCAACAUGCACGCUUUCACCGCACUCGCCCCGUGCGCGCUCCUAGACGUCCUCUCGCCGCCCUACAGCGUAGAGGCCGGCCGCCACUGCACAUAUUUCCGAGAGCUGCCGGCCGAGCAGUUCCCCGCGCUGCCGCCCGGAGAGGGGCUGAAGGAGGGGCGGGAGUAUGGGUGGUUGCAGGAGUGCCAGCAUGGCAACAGCUUUUCUGUGCGCAGGGGUCAUUACCGCGGUCCCAGGGUGCGUUUGUGGGUGGAGUAUGGGGAAGGGAGGGGCUGGGAAAUACGGGACAUGACUGCUGGUGGCGUGGGCAUGGGAGCAGGCGUGACAUCAAUAGGCGUGAAUGGCCCUGUGGCAGGUGUGACAUCCAUGGGGGGCGUGCGAGGGAUGGGAGGCAUGGUGGGGGCGAAGAGGAGAUGCAUGUCGAAUCGGAUUGCAGUGGCGGAGGAGAGUGAGGAUGCAGCCGGAUGUGUGGUGGAAUCAGAACUGGAAAGCUCAGAGAGGCACCAUGACUACCAGCAACUACUACCAGUACAUGAUCAACAACAGCAACAGCAGCAUUAG